GAGAGAGAGAAAGAGACAAUAAAUACACUUUCUCUCUCCCUCUCUCGGGGAAGUGACAACUGAGACUCCCUCUCUCAUGCAAACCCAAAAUCUCCCAUAGAUUCUCUCCAUUUCUUCUCCCCUUUACUCCCCUCUCCCGCAUUUCCCUCUUUCACUAAACUCCCCCUUAUCUUCUUUAUGUAUGUAAAUCUAAAAUCUCCAUGGCUCCACCUCAGACUCGCAUUCUCCGAGCUCUUGUCGUUUACAUCAAUUCCAUGUACAAAGAGAUGUUCCGGGCGGUGCGUGUUUACCGGAUAACCGGAGGGAGUGAAGAAACAGAGGAGAAAGAAUACCUGCUCGGCAAUCGGAAAGAUAAGAGCUUUGGGGAAAAUGGAGGGUCCAGAGUGCUAACAUUGUACGGAUUCGAUGUUUCAGAGCAGCGCGCGGGGGUUAACAAUGGCGUCUGGAAAUGCGUUUAUGUGUUCGACUCUCUCCGCACCCAAUCUCCGCUUGUUGAUUUCUGUGACGAAUGGAUUCCGAUUUCUCAAAAUUGUAGAUUGGUUUUCCACGAUUUGGUUAAUGAUCUGCAUACCAUAUCAAAGCUUGCUCGGAGUGCGGAAACUACAGAUUCAGAGCAAAGUCUCCUCACCGAAGCAUGUAGUAGCAAGAAUUUUAGUAAGCACCCAAUGGAAAUGACAACCAGUGUUCGUUUUCUGGAUCUAAACUCUAUACCAGACUCCGAUGCUGACGAGAAUAAUGGCAUAUCAGAACCUAAGAAACGAAGGGCAGCACCCGAAGAUAUAGCAAGGAUUGCUUUGGAAGAUCUCGCCAAGUAUUUUGACCUACCAAUUACCGAAGCUUCAAAAAGCCUGAAAGUCGGGCUUACAGUACUCAAGAAGAAGUGCAGAGAAUUCGGUAUCCCUCGGUGGCCACACAGAAAGAUCAAGUCUCUGGAUAGACUCAUUAGUAACCUACAGGAAGAGAUGCAGCAGCAACGGGAGGAGGACGAGGCUACAGCCAUGGCAGUGUCGAAGAAGAAACGGAUGAUAGAAUUCGAGAAGAAACGGAUAGAGAAGAAGCCCUCGAUGGACAUACGAGAAGAAACCAAGAAGUUUAGACAAGACGUUUUCAAGAGAAAGCACAAAGCCAGAAUUCUCGAGAGGGAGAGCCAGAACCGGAAUAACGCAACUUUGUCAUUAUCAUAAGAUUGAUCUUCACUUUUUUUUUCCUUUCAUUUUCUUGUGUUUUCUUCUUCUAGUAUUUAUGGAUGUCCUGUUUUGUGCAUUUGUUUCAUAUUUGUGUAGUAUGUUUGGAUGAAUGGAUAAGAUGUUGAGUUAAAA